CAGGCCCAUGAUUUAUAUGCAUUGGCAACUUUUCUUUGCAGGUCAGGUUGGUUCUUUGGAGCAAGAAAUCUAUAAAAUAAAGUGUGAACUAAAUUUUCUAUAUUAUUAUUACCUUUUUUUCUUCCCAAAUAUGCAUUCGUUAGUUUACUUAUUUGAUAUUGAACCACCUUUUGUAAUUUCCAUACUCUCUGUUUGCUGAUUAUUUAGUACAUCUAUACGUUCCUGUAAUUGUCCAAUGAUUGCAUGAGUCGUAUCUGGAAUUAAAGUUAUCCUAUGAAAUAUUUAUAGCUUCCCUAUCAUGACAUUACAUUAAAUGCAACAUGGCUUGAACCGUUUAUUUACAGUAAAUGAACGUAUUGCAAUGAUCCCAAGUUAAUCUCUCUAGAUUUUCAUCUAUCAUAUGUGAAUAAGAAUUAUGGUAUUGUUUGAGGUACUAAAGAUUGGUGGCUAACCUCUGUCUGUUGUCAUUGAUAGUGAUGCACCUGCUGGUUUAUAUGUACCCAUGUCCUUAUCCAUCCACCACUCUACACUUGUUCUAAACUGAAUAGCCCAUCAAAUAAUCGACUGCAGCCUCCAAAACCCAUCAGUGAUUAGGUUGGCCAAGAAUAUGGCAACUCAAAUACCUAAUUAUAGGCCUGUGAGUUUAGCAAGUGUGUUUUCCUUUUGUUCACUAACACACACACAUGCUGAACAUUUGUCCUCUACUAAACAUUUGCAUCGUGUUGUUCCACUUAAUCGGAUCUUGAACCAGUUUCCAUAUAUCUUCAUACUCUUCAGUUUUUGUACAAUGCUACAGGUUGGUGCUUGGUAUGGUUUAGAUCAACAACAGAUUAUUGGUCUACAUAGAAGCUUGGGAUUGAGCUCUUAUUUCAAGGCUGGUUGUGCUUGCUACGGUCGGGUUCUGGCUGGGAUGAUUUGGAGAUGGAAUAGGCAGAUUCUGUUGAGAUUACCAAUGCACCUACCGUUGAUAAGCUUAAUGAGCUUAAAGCAUUUAAAGAAGUGUUUUAACAACGCUUUUUAAGGGAUGACACUGCAAGGGAGAACACUUCAACUAGUUAGAUUUUGUUUUGUUCUUUUAGAUUGAACAAGAAUUACUUAUCUUUUAGUUUUUUAGAAUUUAAAGACGAGGGGUUGUAAUUUUUGGUUUCACAUAACUUCAAAUUCUAUUGUCAAACAUCUUUUGAGUAAUGAAAUUUUCAUUUGUUUAUGAUUGA